CAUGUACUCAUUGUGCUAAAAUUGCUUCUUAUAGGUGUUAAGUUGGUCGUGUUUCGAGGUGAGGAUGGUAAGGCCUACGUAUUAGAUGCCUACUGUCCACAUUUGGGAGCCAACCUGGCUGUGGGAGGACGUGUGGUCGGAAUCUGCAUCGAGUGCCCAUUCCAUGGGUGGCAGUUUCGGGGGGAUAAUGGGAAAUGUGAAAGGAUACCAUACACUGAAAAAGUGCCAGACAUUGCCAAGACGAACAUCUGGCCCAGCUGUGAAGUUAACGGUCAGAUCCUUGUUUGGUUUCACUGUGAUGGAAAAGAUCCUCAAUACAAUAUUCCAGAGCAGGAGGAGAUUACCAAGGGCGAGUGGGUUUAUCGUGGAAAAACAGAGCAUUUUGUUAAUGCUCACAUCCAGGAGAUUCCUGAAAACGCCGCAGACCUGUCUCACCUGACUCACCUGCACAAGCCAGGCAUUGUGAGCGGAGUCGAUCUACGCUACACAUACAACAAAGCCUGGGAGUUUGUGCGACAUAAUUGGGAAGCUCAGUGGGAAGCAGAGUCGGCUCCCAACAAUCACUGUUCUCAGAUGCUUGUGAAACAUGGCCUAUACUUGUUUGGGUACCAUUUGCCUGUUUUGGAUCUCCACGUCGUUGCUAGACAGGUAGGACCAGGAGUGGUGUUUCUGCUUUUCAAGCACAGUUUUUUGGGCAGUGGAGUGAUCAUGCAAAGUGUGACACCGGUGGAGCCUCUCUUGCAGUGUGUCACACAUACAAUGUUCUAUCAGUCAAAUAUUCCAGCCCCGGUGCCCAAAUUCAUCUUGAAAGGAGAAUCAAUUCAGUUUGAGCGGGAUGUGAUGAUCUGGAACAAUAAAAAGUACAUCUCUAAGCCUCUCUUUGUGAAGGAAGAGUCGGCCAUCAAGAAACACAGACGCUGGUUCACUCAGUUUUAUAGUGAGAACAGUCCUCGACUCCAAUACCAACAAGAUACUUUAGACUUUUGACCUCUUCAUAUAUGCUUACUUUCAAGUUUAGCAACGUUAGUGUAUUUAUUGACUUUAUUUUUCUAUAGAACUAUCAAAAUAUCAUCUUAUAGUACUCACCAUUUCCAGUUUUUAGGUACUUAAUUAUAUUGCUAAAAAUAGAAUAACUAGUCCGACAAAGUCUGAAAACUUGGGGAAUGAGAAAGAUCGAAGAAUAAAAAAGGCAGAAGAAAAUAGAGUCUGGUAGAUAUACAAAUGCAAUGAUGAAUGAUGUGUUAUUGCUGUGUGUUAGGUGAUGAAUAAAAUCUAAAAGGAAUACAA